AUGUUGUUUGUGGACGUGUUUUGCUUUGGAGCGCUGAUGCUCUGCUGCAGCGGGCUGUGUGUGGCCCUGCAGGUCUCACAUGAACAGCAGCUCAUCCCGACGCACGACCCCACUGUGACAGAGCACACCUCUCCAUCAGCAGGGGCUUCAUCAGCGUCCACAGGCUUUCAUCGCGCCCCUCAUAAUGCUCCAUGCUUUGUGGAUGACAUAUUCGCAGUGCUGCGUGAAGGUGUUGGGAGCGGCGGGGAACUCACAAACCGCAGUUUGGCUCAGUUUGGACUCUGCAGCAGAUCUGACAGCUCAUCAAGUUCAGUCUUACUACAGCUCGCUAAGGAAACGAGCAGAAAUGGAUUAGAGGUUUUGCAUCCAGCUGGAGUGCUCUUGGCAGAGGAAGAUGCAACAGGAACACUCAUCUUGACCUUUGACCUCUCACACGCUCCUUUGCUGAAGCUGAACCCCGUGCUGCUCUUGGCGUUUGAAAGUCCCCUCACAGGACAAAACCUCGAAGUCACUUUUACAAGUCAGUUGCUACAUCCGAGCACGCAGGCUGCGUGCAUUUCAGGAGAAACUCGGUACAUUCUGCUGACAGGACAAGUAACAGAAGGCGAUGUUCAGCAGAACUGGAGGAUUUCUGUUGAGACAAAACUCCCUGACAUGAAUCAAAUCCUGAAAGACAUCCUCAUUGGUGGAAAACCAGGAAGUAACAUCAGCAUGACUCCACUUCUGCUUUUCUCUGGGGACAGAGGAACUGAUACAAG